GGUAGCCGGCAGCCAGCAGAAUUAGCCUGCAAUAUUGGCUGUGCCACCACAGGUCAUCCCCUCUGUCCAGUAUGUCUAUAAAGACCCUGACUAUCUUUGUUUUUCCCACAGCUAACAGCGGGAACAGAGAGUCCAGCAGAAGUGACCCUGACCGCCAAGGCCACAAGGUCUGCCAGUGGCAACUAUUUGAUCAUUGAAAAUCGCAAAAGUUAUGGCUUGAAUAUUGGAGACACCCACACAAUUGACUUGACACCCGUUGGAUCAAUUGCCUUCACCCGCAUCUAUUACAUGGUUUUGAGCAAAGGGGACAUCAUCUCUGUAAGCAGCAUUCCGCGUGGCUCUCACUUAGCAGCCUCUAUUCACAUCACACCCAAUCUGAUGCCAACGUUUCGUGUCGUGGCCUUUUACCGCCUUGGGGAUGAAAUUGUCUCUAACUCCAUAUGGUUGGAGGUGGUCGCCCGCUGCGAGGGGAAGCUGGAGAUUCGCUCCUCGUCCAACGUAGACCGUCUAAAGCCACAGUCCCGCGUGUCACUCACCCUAAACACGGAUGACAAAUCCUUCGUCUCUCUCUCUGCCACGGAUGCUGCCGUUUACGCUCUCAACGGGAAGAAUCGACUCUCACAAGGCAAGGUUUUUGAGGCCAUGAAAAGUUAUGAUCUCGGCUGCACUGCUGGCGGUGGGGAGGAUUCCCUGGGUGUCUUCGCCGAUGCUGGUCUCUCAAUUCGUGCCGGCGAGCAGCGCAGCCCCCUCCGGAAGGCACAUGGAUGUGAAGAAAACGCUUCCCGGAAAAAGCGUUCCCUGUCAUUUCAACAGGAGAUAGACAAGAAAGGUAAGUGCUGGGAGAUGAGGUUCUCGAUUGUGAUUCUAGGAACAUGGUUGCUCCAAUUUAAGCAAAGAACUUUACUGGGGAGAGCCAGAAUUAAUAAUAGACCGGGGAGGACCCAGAUCAGGAUGGAGCCCAUUAAGUGGUUUGUAUGAAUGUGUGUUGUUGCUGGGGGGGUGGGGUG